AUAAAAGACUAAUUAUAGAAUUAUUCUAAAAUUUAAUUUGGAUUUCAUGCUUCAUUUUAUAGUAGACCGUGAUUUCAUUCUUCUUGCGAGUUCCAUCCCAUUUUUCAUUCUUCUUUUAGCCCAUAAUUAAAUCAUCAAAUUCACUGUAAAAUCUCUCACUCCCUCUCUCUAAUGGCGUCUCUCUUCAGGGAUCGAACGAUUGGGCAUUCCAGGAGAGAAUCGUUCUCCUCCACUGCCUCAGCUGCCGCUGCAGCUAUUAUAUCCUCCGCCAGCUCCCGCUUCUCCGUCGGCGGCGCCGCAGUUUCCGCCAGCGCCGCGCUUUCACCGCUUCCUUCUCCGUUCGGAGACCUAACUCCGACGCUCACCGCCGACGACCUCCGCGAAACGGCGUACGAGAUCUUCGUCGCGGCGUGCCGCACCUCGACCGGGAAGGCUCUCAACUACAUUCCGUCCUCGGCGGAUGGAUCUCAGUCGCCUUCGCAUUCCUUGAACUCCAAUUCGUCUUCUUCGCCGUUGUUGCAGAGAUCCAUCACUUCUACUGCCGCUUCCAAAAUGAAGAAGGCUUUGGGCCUCCGAUCCAGCUCCAUUUCGAACUCCAAGCGGGCUGAUGGCAGUCCGGGCUCAGGGGGUAGGCCCAAGAAGCCCAUGACCGUAGGUGAGCUAAUGAGGGUUCAGAUGAGGGUCUCGGAGAGUGUUGAUUCCAGGAUUAGGAGAGGUUUGCUGAGGAUUUCUGCUAGUCAGGUUGGAAGAAGAAUUGAGUCAACUGUUCUCCCACUGGAGUUGUUGCAACAGUUCAAGUCUUCAGAUUUCACUGAUCAAGCAGAAUACGAAAGGUGGCGGAAGCGAAACAUAAAAAUUCUAGAGGCCGGACUUCUUUUACAUCCUCACACGCCACUUGAUAAAUCGAAUGCUGCUUCACGACUGCGGCACAUCAUUCAAUCUACAUUAGAGAAGCCAAUGGAGACCGGGAGAAACAAUGAGUCAAUGCAAAUCCUUCGAAAAGCUGUGAUGGAUCUUGCUAGCAGAUCAUCAGGUGGAUCUGUCAUGGACUCAAGCCAUUGGGCAGAUGGUUUCCCAUUAAAUCUUCGACUAUAUGAGAUUCUCCUAGAAGCCAUUUUUGACGUUAAUGAUGAAACAUCUAUUAUAGAGGAAGUUGACGAGUUGAUGGAACUUAUAAAGAAGACAUGGGGGAUACUUGGGUUAAACCAAGUGCUUCAUAAUGUUUGCUUUGCAUGGGUCCUAUUCAAUCGCUUCGUAGCCACUGGACAAGGUGUGAAUGAACUGCUAGAUGCUGCUGAUGGGCAGUUAGCUGAAGUUGCUAAAGAUGCAAAGGAAACUAAAGAUCCUGAAUAUUCUAAAAUCUUAAGUUCUACACUAACUGCAAUUUUGGGUUGGGCUGAGAAAAGACUCCUAGCAUAUCAUGAAACUUUUGAUGUUAGAGAUAUUGAAUCAAUGCAAACCAUUGUAUCCAUUGGUGUCUCAGCAGCUAAAAUUUUAGUUGAGGAUAUAUCCAAUGAGUAUCGGCGCCGACGAAAGGGUGAAGUUGAUGUAGCUAGGAGCCGAAUCGAGACUUAUAUUAGGUCAUCGCUUCGCACUGCUUUUGCUCAGAUGAUGGAGAAGGCAGAUUCAAAUAGAAGAGCAUCAAGGAACCAGCUAAAUCCUCUCCAUGUCCUUGUUAUUCUUGCUAAGGAUGUUGGUGAGCUGGCUACUAAAGAGAAAGAGGUAUUUAGCCCCAUCCUGAAGACAUGGCAUCCAUUUGCUGCAGGUGUGGCCGUUGCCACCCUUCAUGUAUGUUAUGGGAAUGAAUUGAAACAAUUUGUUUCGGGUGUAACGGAGUUGACUCCAGAUGCUGUACAAGUUUUGAGAGCCGCGGAUAAGCUGGAGAAAGAUCUAGUGCAGAUUGCUGUUGAGGAUUCAGUGGACAGUGAUGAUGGUGGGAAAGCUAUCAUCCGUGAGAUGCCACCUUUUGAAGCUGAAGGUACAAUAGCCAACCUGGUGAGGGAUUGGAUUAAGAUGAGAACAGACAGACUAAAGGAAUGGGUGGAUAGAUGUCUCCAACAAGAGGUUUGGAAUCCUCGAGCCAAUGAAGAAGGAUAUGCUCCUUCAGUUAUUGAACUCCUGCGGACUAUAGAUGAAACUCUGGAUGCAUUUUUUCAGUUGCCAAUACCAAUGCAUCCAUCACUUCUCCCUGAUUUGAUGGCUGGGCUCGAUAGGUGUCUUGAAUACUAUGUAACCAAGACAAAAUCUGGAUGUGGAUCAAGAAGCACAUAUAUUCCAACUAUGCCAGCAUUAACGAGGUGUACCGUAGGGACAAAGUUUCAAAAUGUGUGGAAGAAGAGAGACAAGUCAAUGAACACACAGAGGAGGAAUUCCCAGGUUGCAACAAUGAAUGGAGAUAGUAGUAACUGCGGGAUGCCUCAGUUAUUAGUACGCAUAAACACUUUACAAAAAAUCCGAACGGAGUUGGAAGUUCUAGAAAAGAGGAUUAUCACACUUUUGAGAAACUCAGAAUCUGCUCAUGUGGAUGACAUCGCAAAUGGUUUGGGCAAAAAAUUUGAGAUCACACCAGCUGCUUGUGUGGAGAUGAUACAACAAAUCAGCGAGGUGAUGGCGUACAAGGUUGUCUUUCAUGACCUCAGUCAUGUUUUGUGGGACAGUCUUUAUGUAGGAGAGCCCUCUUCCUCUAGGAUAGAACCUUUCCUCCAGGAGAUCGAACAAACCCUUACUAUCACAUCAAACACUGUUAAUGAAAGAGUACGCACCCGGAUCAUUGCUGACAUAAUGAAAGCAUCCUUUGAUGGUUUCUUGUUUGUCUUGCUUGCCGGAGGGCCUUCUCGUGCAUUCACUAAGCACGAUUCCCAAAUACUAGAGGAAGAUUUUACAUCUCUUAAGGAUCUGUUUUGGGCAAACGGAGAUGGAUUGCCCACUGAUAUCAUAAACAAGUAUUCAACAACGGUCAGGGAUGUCCUUCCACUCUACAGGACAGACACAGAGAGCCUCAUAGAGCGUUUUAGGAGAUUGACUCUAGAGGCUUAUGGGUCCUCUGCCAAGUCAAGGCUUCCCUUGCCCCCGACUUCAGGACAGUGGGACCCGACCGAACCGAACACGCUUUUGCGUGUCUUAUGUCACAGGAAUGAUGAGGCUGCCACAAAGUUUCUCAAGAAGACUUACAAUUUGCCCAAAAAACUGUGAUUGGUCCAGCGGAGAUACAUACAGAUCUUCUGCAUUGUGUAAGAGUAUUAACCCAUGCGUGCUCUUGUUGCUUGGUUGAGUGACAGUGCUAUCCUGUAUAGUUAUCCAUUCCGGCUUUAAUAAUUUAUCAAUACUUCUGAAGAAACACCAUAUCCGGUAAAGGUUAGUUUUCAAAUGCUUCAUAUGUUUAUAGGUUAUAUAUCAGUUUUGCGUAGAUCUUAUGUUACCCAUUGUUGGCUGCAAUAGGGUUCUUCUUGUGUAAGCUUCUUUCAGCCUUAUAUUCAUUUGUUAUUCUUUUUUUUUUAACUAGAAAAUUCAAUGUAGAGGAGAAGAUUGGCUUUGUCUAUUGAUACGAAUAUUGAUUCAUAUUUAUGAUCAGAAUAUAUCCCAUUGAGUUUUAGAAUGAUAUUGAGGCUUUUACAUAUUUACUUUACUACAUGCUUUUGUUUAUGCCCUUCAUAUAUGAAUGCCAAGUUAUUGUAAAAUCUAAACCCGGUGAAAUCCGUGCUAAGGUCCACAGCACUCAACUGUCUCAACAACAUCAAUAGUUCAUAUGACGUUUUACUAAUUUGAACAAAAUGAUAGGGUUUGUAUGGGCUGCAGAGUAGAAUCAUGUUCAUCUCUUCUAUCACCAAACACUCUCUGUGGUUUGCACGAGGACGAUGGUGAUGGUGGGUGGUCAGAAGCCGAGAACCAACAACGCAAUAAUCCGACAUGGAUUGA